GUAUAAAAUUCAAGGUGGAUCGAGAGGCCCCUGUGUCUAUCAGAAAACACACCUCCUCCCGAUCUGGACCCACCUUAAAAGUUAUCAAGGGCUCCAGAGUGGUAUGUUUUUUCCUCUCCCUCUCUCUCUCUUAGGACGGAUUUAUAGACUUCUUGGAGUUCAUAGCUGCAAUAAAUUUGGUUAUACGAGGGAAAAUUGACCAAAAAUUGAAAUGGUAUUUCAAGCUAUACGAUGCUGAUGGAAACGGAUGCAUUGACAAAAAAGAACUAUUAAGCAUAUUCAGGGCAAUCCAGGCUAUUAAUGGCUACACCAACAUGAGUGCUGAAGAGUUCACAAACAUGAUAUUUCAGAAGAUAGAUGUGAACAAUGACGGGGAACUGACUUUAGAAGAGUUUAUCAAUGGUGUGGAAAAAGACGAGGACCUAAUGGAAUUGAUUACGAAAAGUUUUGACCUUUCCAACGUACUCAAAGUCAUACAGAACGGCAGGAGAAACAGUGUCUGA